CGAACUUGGGGAGACAGCUUGAAAAGGAUCCAAGUAAUUCACUACCAAACUGCUUAUUUAAAUUAUGUUGUUCAAGCACACCUGAUUUAUUGAGUCUGGUGAAUCAACUUUGCUCAUUUUUUGUGACAGUAAACUGCCCAAUAAUCAUUUAUAGCCUAGGUAGAAUGUUAAUAACAAUCCUUUAUUAUUUGAAAACAUGGAUAACACAGCAUUAUUUUUAUCAUCUCAAGAGAAAGGCUUUUCCCAUUAAAAAGACUACUGUAUAUAUCACAACAUACGUAAAUAAAGAAUCCUCAUUGUGUAGAAUACAUAGCAUUCUUAACAGAUAACUUUCUAAUCAAAACGUCUAAAUAACCCAACGCAGCCUUUAGGUUAGCGGCUAUUUUAAGAACUCCUCUUUGAUAUCUGUUUUAAAUAGAGUUUUGCUUUUCCUCUUGGCUUCUGCCUAAAUUAAUAGGUUUAUUAAAUCAAGAUUAGUGACAUUGCUGGAAUUCAAUAAUGAUUCCAUCCAAUUAAAGUGAUUAAAUGCAGCAAUCUAUUUUUUUCUCACUUUUCUUUUGC